UUUAUAAUCUCCUGAAAAACAGUAUGGAGCUUUGCUUAAACAUUGCGUUUGUAGAUACUUGAGUAAAUUUUUGAGCAAAACUAGCUAUGCAAACUUUACUCUUGCCGGCGGCUCGCCCCGGCAUCGGAAGUGCGCCAUUUACUCCUCCACCUGCCGGCAAACCGUGGCGGUAUAGGUUCCUCCGAUGCCCAAAUACCCUAAUUUCGUCCCCCUCAUCAUUACCUUUUUCCCCUUUGAAAACAGAGCCUUUUAGUUUGCCUCAAUUCAGACUCAUCAUCAAAAGGAACAGAAUCUUGGCUUCUUCUCCUGUUUCUGCACCGUACACUUCCCCAAAUGACGAGUCUGAAAAAGCUAAGUUAGCUCAGGUUGCAAAAAGACUACUGAAUACUGCAAGGUACUUCAAGAGAUUGGGUACUCUAGGGUUUUGGGGACAGCUUGUAUGUACACUUGUUGCUGCGGUGAUCCUUUCGUUUUCUGUUGUUAUUACGGGGAAGAUUACAUCUCCCUUCACAUUCUACUCAACUGCGGGUGGAAUUGCAGCUGCUUUCAUUUCGGUUUUUUGGUCAUUCGGCUAUCUUCGUUUGUCUGAAAGGCUUCGGAAGACAGCUAAUGAGCCUUCAAAGGCUCCUCCUCGUGCUGAUGUUGUGAAAAGCUUGAAAAAUGGUAUAGUGGUGAACCUUCUGGGAAUGGGUGCCGCUGUACUUGGCUUGCAAGCAACUGUAGGUUUAUUGGUGGCUAAGGCUCUUACCACAUCAACUAAUCCUUACCAGACUUUGACUCCUGGGAGCAGCCCUGUGCUUGCUUUGGAUGUAUUUCUGGUUCAGGCAUCAGCAAAUACAAUCGUUUCACACUUUCUAGGUCUAGCAUUCUCAUUGGAACUGUUGCGCUCAGUCACCUUACCAUCUUCAGAAAGCGUUCCGGUUCCAAGGGUUGCAUGACGUGCUUGGGGAGUCAACAUCAUAAUACUCGAGAAAGUUUCAGGUCUUUUGAGAUCACAGCCAUGUAUUUACUAUAGUAUGAGUGACCCUCUCCUUGGUAACUUGCAAAUGAAAUUAUUGUUCUUUCUCCAAUUUCUGAGAGGCUUCUGAUAAAAAUUUCAACUACUGUCAUUGCAUAUGCUUUCUGGAGCAUCUUUAAAAAAAAAGGGAAUUGUUUGCCACCAGUUAAAGACUCCUCUCACAGUGCAAGAAGAAACCUAACGCCCUCUUUUUCUGUGUUAGUCUACUAGAAAUAAAAUAUCGACCUCUUUCUUUCUGUGUU